GAUGGGAUGUGUGUUUAGUAGGGCUUGAGCAGUGACCGCGCUUGUUCCUGUUGCUAUUGCUGAAGGCUCUCCCAAACCUCUCUCUUGUUCUCUCCCUUCAACUUUGCUUUUCAUCCCAAUCCCACCAAAGAUCUUGUUCGAUUAAUCUCUAAACGCUACUCUCGGUGACCUCUGUCGACCCUUCCCGUCACAUUUGAAUUUUGGUUAAAAUCCAAGAGAAUUAUAAGGGAAUAGAGAGGAAGAGAGAUAGACGGGAGAAAGCGAGAGGAAAAAAAAAAAAAAACGGUAAGAGGCGACAAUGGGAAGGGCAGUGAUGAAGUAUCAAGGCAACGCUGGAGUUAGUGAUGCAGUUUGUGUUGUUUCGUGUUGCUGUUGAAGCUUAGUUGAGCAUAACAACUUCCCCUCUGAUGAGGGAGAGAAGGUUCGGUCGCGCUUUCGAUCGCUCUGCUGCUGCUGCUGCUGCUGCUGCUGCUAACCCAGGAAACCUUCCGACAUUCGCCUCCACUACCAUCAUCUCCUACUUGCCAUAGCAAGAGGCUGCUGCUGCUGAUCUCCUGUUGUUGUUGCUGCUGCUAUUACUGUUAUUGCUGCUGUUGCCCUUCCUUACAGGGUGCUUCGCUGCAGAAGGGUCACGAAAGGAACGUGUGAAUACAAUAAUGCAAGCAUGAGGCCCAAUAGCAAGAGGUCGAAGCAUAACUGGAAACGAGGAUCUGAGAUGGACAACAACAACAACCUGCCCAGCCUUUAACACAGAAGAACAAACUCAAGAUCAUACCCGAAGGAAAGUGAAGGACGCGAGAGAACUUCUGUAGUGAUGAAGGUGGUAGUUCCCAGCCCGUGAGAAGCUGGGGGAGAAAAAAAUUGAGUGGCUUGUUGCGUAUCUUGCAGAUCGAAGGUUGUGAGUGCUAAUGUAGAAAAAGAGAAAAUGGAGAGGAAAAGGGGCUUAGUCGUCGGGUUUAGAAGAACGAUGCUUAUGUGUCUGCUCACGAAGCCGAGAAGAUCGAGGUGAAAUGGAGACAGUGACUGCUAUGCUCACUUGAUAUCACUACGUGCUGUGUGUUAUCGCUAGUAAUAAUAAUAAUAAUAGUAGUAAUAAUAACAAUAAUAGUAAUAAUUAUAAUAAUAUAUAAAAGCCGCAAUUACAAUAAUAGUAAUAAUAAUAAUUACAAUAAUAAUAAUUACACUAGUAAUAAUAACAACAACAAAAAUAAUAUAUGAAAUGCAUCUUGUAUCUUCUGGCCACGUCAAUUGUUGUUGUUGUUGUUGUUGUUUGAGUUCCAAAAAUGAUGUUGCACAUCAAAUGCAGGGGAUCUUGACAGAAAGAAGACUGGGAGAGGAGAGAGAGUGCCUGUGAACAAGAGUGAGAAAGUGAGGAAGCGAGAGUGUCAGCAAUCUUCUUACCUGUGGCUGUGCGUAUGUAUGAGGGUGUGUUCGUUCUGAUGGCGACUACAAUGGGCCCUUGACAAUAACAUAAGGUAUAUCUCAGAAAAAGAGUAGCUCGAAAGAUUCUCAUUUAGGCCUCCAGUGAUUCUUACUACCUCAAGAUUUGUUUCUUAUGGUUUUUUGUGUAUUUCGUGUGACUGUUGUGUAACGUGGUGUUUAUAUUUUGUUGUGGUCAGUGUCUAAGAAUAUUCAUCCUAGAUUCGUGUGAUACACAGUUUUACUGAUAUUUUGUAGAAAUGUCAGAGAGAACACAUUGGGUUACUGUUAUACCAAGUAAAAGGCUAACAGAAAAGAGGACCCUGCACGCACUCGGGCACCUGAGCUUAGAUCUCAAGCGUCUCUCAAACAGUCAUAGCAAAACGAGAUAACAGUGGUUGACAAUGCUAUCCAGUGAUAUGGCCUUUCAUGGAACACUGAAGACUUUUGUAAAUGUUGUUAUUGCAGUCGCAGGAGGCCAAAACAAGCCCUGCUCAUCAUGUGACUGAUGCAGCAGAGCGGCGCCAUUCCGUUUACUUUCUUCACCACCCUGUCAUCCUUUUCCAAGACUUGCUUGUUCAGGAAACCCUUGUCUACUCGAAGCAUCAUCCUGUGCUGUUCUCCUGAGCCUUUGACACAACUCAAAGGCUGUUGCUGUUGUUUCCAAGAGCUAUGUUAAGAGGAACAGCGUCGUUUUCAAUACUGCAAAUGAUCACAUGACAGAAAUAUCCUCAUUAGGCCCAUCGGGGUUACACAGAGACCAUUUUGAACUAUUGUGUGGUCAGCUAACAGAGAAUCAAUCAAAGACUACUAGAAUCUAGCAACUAAACUUACGUCUCUCCUUUCCCCCUCUUCUUCCCUCUUUUUUUUCUCUCCUUCCUUCCCCCUUUUUGUCGCCUAUUCCCUUCCUGUCCCUUCAAUCCCAGAGUAUAAUUCUCCUUGAACCCUUCUUUUCUUUUUUUUCUGCUUAUUUUUAACUUUACUUGUAAUAUAAUUUUUCUUUUCUCUAUUUUAUUUUCAUAGCGUCUUGCCUUUUUCACACCUAGUUUAUCGCCUCUUGUCUUAUAACUUUGUAGCGGUCCUUUUGUUUUCUGAAGUAAUUUCUUGAUUCCUUAGCAUUUAUUUUUGGAGCUGCUAUUAACUCUCCCAAAAAUUAGCCCUCUCCGCACUUGACCUUCCUUGAGAACAGUCUCCUUACUACAAUUUCCUGUUUGUUCUCUCCACUUGACCGUUAGCUCUCUUCCUAACCAAGGAAACCUCCCCUAAGCACUUCAAAUGAUGGUGGGUGCUCGAGGACUCGAUGGAAGCUUGCUUGGCGGUGCUGUACUCGACGAAGACACCGUUGAAGAUGAAGUAGAUCUAGGCUCUAUUCCUUUGCUCGAGACUCCGCCUGGAGAACAACCGCCGCCAUCCCCUCGCCUUCUGGGUUACGGCGGUUAUGGCUAUGGGGCCGGUGGAGCCACCUAUGACGGUUACGGUACUGGAUAUCCCCCCUAUGGAGGUGGAGAGAUUAUGAUGGCUGGCGGAACGCAGAUUGGAGUGGAGAGCUUGGCCCAGGCUGCUGUCAUUCUGGUUAUUGGUGUAGCAAUCAUCAUUUCGAAUAUCAUCAUCCUCGCUACUUUUAUUACUAUGCCAGGCCCAAAGGAUGUCAUCAUGUACUACCUGAUGUCACUUGGAGUGUCAGAUUUGGUUGCUGGCGUGGUGGUGGUCCCGCUGAGUGUGUACCCGGCGCUCGUUCAGAGAUGGGUUUACGGUGACGCAUUGUGUGGCCUUGCUGGGUAUCUGGAGACCACCGUUUGGUUUGCCCAGCUGUGUACGUUCAUGUGGAUAAGUGUGGAUCGAUAUUUAGCCAUACGAAAACCGUUGAGAUAUGAGACAGUGCAAACAAAGACUCGGUGUCAGUGCUGGGUAGUAUUCACAUGGAUUACUUCCAUGAUGCUCUGCUGCCCGCCUCUUUUGGGCUUCAAUAGUUCCUCGCAUUGGGACGCAGAAGCCUUCGUGUGCUGGCUAGACUGGGGCAGCAUGAUUGCCUAUGCGUUUACACUUAUCCCAAUGGUGCUGGGACCCACGCUCAUCACCCUUUUCUACACUUAUGGCUACAUCUUCAACACAAUGCGUAGACUUAAAACAUGUGUGGCUGGACAGGACAAGGAGUUUAUUACAGCGCUUACUUCCAACCUGGCCAAUCCAGACCACGCAAUGUCUUUCGUACUAGUGCUUGCUUUCUGGCUUUCGUGGGGUCCUUGUGUUGGGGUACGAACCUACGAGUACAUAACCGGCAACCACAUUGAUGUGCGAUUUCUUCACUUUGCCGUGUUUUGGCUCGGGGCCCUCAACUCGUGCUGGAAAUCCAUUAUAUAUAUAGCCAUGAGCCCCAAGUUCAGAAGAGGCCUCAAGCUUUUCUGCCUGUCGCUUUGCUGCCAGCGUACAGCACGAAAUGCCGAACUCAUCAUGGACUACUAGGCCUAGACCUAACCAGGACUUCCGUGUAUAAUUUCUUCCUUGACCUUCUCAUCAUUUCCUUGAUCGGUGUGUUCCCGUAAACUUAGCAAAAGUUAAGAUAUGCUUUUCUAGAGUGUGAAGUUGUGUUAGUGAAAAGCUUUAGAAGACAGAGUACGGGAGAAUAUGCAUAUUUAAUGCUCAAUCCACUAAGUUGGCGCUGGUGAACUAUUUACUACUACUACUGGAGUCAUGAUAAUGAUAGUGAUAACGAUGAUAAUAUUAUUGUUGUUGUUAUUAUUAUUGUCAAUAAUAUUGUAAUGAUAAUGAUAGAUUGUAGAUAAUAACUUUGAUCAGCACUAGAUUUAUCAAAAGAUGAUUUUUUGUACUUGACAAUCUUUAGAGUGAUGGGUGUUAGAGGAUGCCUCAGGCACCCGACGCUAUCUCCGUGAGGUAGCUGUGGCUGACGGCGUUACUUACACACUUUGUUGUCUCUUGUACUGUUUGUUCUCUCAUUGUUGGUAUGUUUGCGUGUGAUAGAAGGAGGUUUCAUAAAACAACAUAUCAGUGUUACGAACUAGAAGUGUCCGCGAGUUAUAUAUAUAUGUGCGAAUGUCUAUAUUUUUAGAUCAUACGAAUGUGUUAGAAUGCAUUUCAUCAUCAUCAUUAUGAUUAUUAUUAAAUAUGGUUAUUAUAAUUAUUAUGAUUAUUAUGGUCAUGGAUAUUAUCAUUAAUGUAAAAAAAAAGCUUCUUGUGAUUAUAAGUUCUCAUCCUGUUCUAUUCCCUUCCUGCUUUUUUCCUUUUCAACAUUCCAUCUCAUGUGUUUUCCUCUUUUCUCUCCUCUCUUGAAUUUCUUUUUCAUUUUCUCGGCAAUAGAAUUGUGAUAAGUACCUGUCGGUAGAAAUGAAAGAUAUUCAUCAUUCAUAGCGUUAGGUUCACUCUAGUAUAAUCUGGCAACGAAAUUCUUCUUCUGUUAAUUUCUGUUAAUAUCUUUGUGUAGCUGGAAUUACUCCAGUAGAUUUCUUUUGUUUUUUAUUUCACCGUAAAGUUGACUCAAUUAC